AUGUCCAUCUACAACACCCAGUCAGUCUCAGAAACCAACCUAUCUCCCAGAACACUAUCAUCAUUCAUCCAUCUAAACAACACCUUACCCCCACAAACUGCACCACCAACAGCAACAGCAACAGCACACAUCCCAUCUACAUAUACGCAACGUCCAGGAACCCAAGCCACAACUUCAAGUUCAAUCACCCUGGGCUUCUCCCCCUUCCCAUCGAUAUCGGCAAUUUCAAGCACAACAUCCCUAUCCCUCUCACCAACAACCACAUACCCAACCGACCCCUCGGCAACCGCCCAAAAAUCAAUCCCAAUCCCAACCUCAACUCCAUCCCUCAAAAUGCAUCACCACGCCCACAACCGCGUCGUCGAAACCCGCACCACAAAACCAACUCUCAUGACCCGUCUCCGCGGCCGCAACGCAAAUACCCGCACCGUGAAAACAACUACCAAAGUCGAGCCUGCCACUCACAACCACGUCCACCACAACCAGCACCACACAACUCAUACCACCCAUACCCGGGGUCGUAAUACGAGGACCGCUCAGCCGGUGCAUCAUCACAAGAGACGUGUGAGUGUGGGGGAUAAGGUCAGUGGGGCCAUGAUGAAACUGAGGGGGAGUCUGACGAGGAGGCCGGGGUUGAAGGCCGCGGGAACGCGUAGGAUGCAUGGUACUGAUGGACGAGGAAGCCAUCGCACGUAUUAG